AUGGAGAAUCACGCCACUUCAACGGCCUCUCCCCCCUGGUUGAAAACGAUUGACAGCUGCUACAUUACGGAGUACGAUCUCAUAGAGUACGCCGGCGACUUUUCGGCAGACCUGAAAUACUGCGGUCAAGUCUCGCUCGAUAUCACUCGGCAGGCUGCGGCGGUGCGAUAUCUCUCCGAGUGUAAAUGGGCACCUUCCACGUCGUCCGAGUCGAUGCAGUUUUACGGGCGAGACGUUGACGUGACGUUGACAUGUUGGACGGAGGGUUAUACCAAGAUUAUGGGCGACUGGUGCUGUGUACAGACGACAGACAAUUGCCAUGUCAGCGGAUCCGGCUUGUGGAAGGCACCAGAUCGAAGCAAGCUGAACAACUGCGGACCCGGACCCGGCCCACGUAUCAAUGAGACGAGACGAUCCAUCGACGCUGUGGAAGAGUCCCCCGCACUCAAGUCGAAGCGGAACGAGGAGGAUGACCCUCCCAGCCGACGCUGGCUCCAAGCGGAGAAGAUUGGUGAGGAGUACGCGCCAUGCUUCAGCUGUGCCAGCGGCAGUCGAAACUCGACAUGCGGCGUGGUGAAAACCUACGAAUUCAACGACACCGUCGUCAGUCAAUGUCUCACGAGCGAGGACGUUGCCUUUCCCAACGGAUCGUUCUCGAGCAAGACGUGGAUGAUUAUCGCUACCCGCGAUGCGAUCGUUGGAAGGUUUAUGCAUGAGGAGGGUGCCAAAGUUUUGCGUACUGGACGGCGGUCGGUCGGGUAA